AUGUCUGAACUUCCCGUCCUCAUCGCCGGUGCCGGCAUCAGCGGCCUCCUUCUGGCCCAACACCUCCAACAGCAAGGCGUCCCCUUCCGCCUCUUCGAGCAAGAUGCCGCCAUCGACACGCGCAGUGGCGGCUGGGGGCUAACCCUCCACUGGGGCCUCCCUGCCCUGCGCGAACUGCUCCCCGACCACCUGGUGGCCCGCCUGCCCGAGACAUACGUGAACAAGGUGGCCGCGGCGCGCGGGGACACCGGGCGCUUUCAGUUCUUCGAUCUGCAGACCGGGUCGGCCUUGUAUAGCGUGCCCGCCGCCGAGCGCAUCCGCGUCAGUCGCGUGCGGUUGCGCCAGCUGUUGGCCACGGGCCUCGACAUCCAGUGGAACAAGACCCUCCAGAGCAUCGAUUCCGAAUCCGCGCCCGAUCGCGUCACGGCGCGCUGCGAGGACGGCACCGCCUUCACCGGCUGCCUGCUGGUGGGAUGCGAUGGGUCGCGCUCCCGCGCCCGCGAGAUGCUGUACCCGCACGGCCCUAAGAUGAGGCCGCUGCCCGUCCAGCUGCUCGGCGGCGCUGCCCUCUACUCCCCAGAGGAGAUGGCCGGGGCGGAGGCCAUCGACCCCUUCCUGUUCCAGGGCUCGCAUCCCGAGACCGACGUGUUUUUCUUCUUCAGCCUGCUCGACACCCCGAACAACUUCGACGACAGCAGCAAGGACAAGUACCUCUGCCAGAUCAUCAUCUCCUGGGCCGAUGCCAAGGGCAUUGCCGUCCCCGGCGACAAUGCCGCCCGUCUCGCGUUGAUCAAGUCCCUGACCGCGAACUGGGUCGAGCCGUUCCGGGGGCUGGUGCACAACCUGCCCGACACGACGGAGGCUCGCUCCAUCCGUAUUUCUGACUGGAUGUUCCGACCCGCGCAGAAUCACGCUCACCCGAGAGUCGUGCUGGUGGGGGAUUCGGCGCAUACCAUGACCAUGUAUCGGGGAGAAGGCGCCAACAAUGCCAUCGUGGAUGUCCUCGAUCUGACCAAGCGGGUGGACCUGCGGUCCCUAGGAUCCCUGACCCCAGAAGCUCUCAGGGAAGCUCUGGCAGCAUAUGAAACCGACGUCUUCACCCGAGCAGACCCCAGUGUCCGCAACUCCCGACAGGCCUGUCUGGAUGCCCAUGACUUCUCACGGAUCGUGAACGGCAGCCCCCUGGUAUCGGCCCGGCUGCGCGAGUAGACCUUCCCGACCAGGCGAGAGAGAGACGAUUUUGUGCCAUUCAUGCGUGCUGUUAUCCUAGCAUAGUGUUAUACCGAAUUUGGAGACCGAGGAACUGGAACAGAGUGGGAUAAUGCUCUUCUCUUCUUCAUUGUUCCAAAAUUGUGAAUUGCUCCAAGACGGCUGCAUUGACUGCCACAGCGAAGUCAUUUUGCUCCGAACUGGGCACCUCUUUACUGCUGAUACUCGGAAGAUCUGCCAAAGUAGCACAGGGCGACAUCCCGGGUGGGGUCUCGCGGCGCAUGAACUUCUCCUGUUAAUAUUUUCCACUGAGAGAACACUUGAUGCGCUUGACAUUU